CACACAGAAAAGAAUGAAAAGAAGCUGUUGUGAUGAAGCAGAGAAGGAGUUUUCAUAUUUCAAUUCGUUUUGUUGCUUCUGUGCGUAAUGUACGACGGAGUUCUGCAGUAUAAUUGGCACGAGGGGACUUCAAGAAGCGAUAACUGAAUCCUCGAAGUUCUGAAGCGCCGAGACAGAACCCGUGAAAGCCCAACAAUUAAAUCCCCUGUCAGAGCCAAAAUGCCUGCUCGUCCGAAAGCACAGGCUGCUCCUCAGCCCGAGGAGAUUCCCAGUGGCGAUCUGGAUGCGAAGAUAUUGAAGUGGAUCCUGGAUGCAAUCUUCAAGAUCAAGGGGCAGAAGCAGAGGCCCAGUGAUGACCACAUAUGUCGAGUCAUGGAGUCUCAGCAUGGCUAUACAUGGACUGAGACUCGGACGUUUCUCGAGCAGGGUGUCAGAGCUGGGCAAAUCCUCAAGAUCAUCUUCAAAGACAAGCCAUCGUACAAAGAUCCUUCGUCUACUACCGUCAAUCGCUCAACGACAGCUUUGGCAGACAUGCGUAAGAUGUGCAAAAGAGCUAUGUCCAGCCUGAAUGAUGGUGAUGGCUGCACUCCGGAUGAGAUUACGCAGUACAUACGGGACCAGUACCAGCUUCAUGGUGAUGAGUUGCCACAGCAGGUUGAUGUGGCAUUGGAGAAGGGGAUUUUGGCAGGCAGCUUCCGACUGGAAGGCGAGGGUUAUCGCAUUGCCAGCCCGAUUGUUGUCAAAGAGAAACUGUCUAAAAAUCGGCCCAAAGCAACACCUAGCCUAGUCUGUAGCUUCUGCCUGGGCGAGGCUGGCCCGGAGGACUUCAUAUCUUGUCAUGAUUGUGGCAACAGUGGGCAUCCAAAUUGUUUAAAAUACUCGCCAGAAUUGAUUCAAAGAGUUCGCCAGGAGCCAUGGCAGUGCAUUGAGUGCAAGACGUGCUGCCUGUGCGGGGAGGGCGGGAAUGCGGACAACUUACUAUUCUGUGAUGAGUGCGACAAAGGUUUUCACAUGGACUGUCUAGUGCCAGCGUUACCAGAGAUGCCAGAUGGAAAAUGGACAUGUUGCUUAUGUCAAGUACCGGGAUCACCGAAGAAGAAGAAGAGACAGACUGAUGAAUUCUGCAGCACACCUGGCUGUGAUGGAUCCGGCCAUGUAUCGGGAAAGUACACGUCACAUCGCAGUCGGUCAGGUUGCCCUAAAGCACGCUCACGAAUGUUACGCACCAACAGCACUAUGAAUGGUGGUGGUGGUGGUGCUGCUGCUGCUGGUGCUGGUGCUGGUGAUGCUGCUGGCUCUAGAACUCGCUCCCCUCCGCCGACUAGAGCGGCAGCCGCGUCGUCGUCGUCGUCCGUACUGCCCGGUGUGACGGAUGAAGAUGUUGAGAACUUUCAUCAGGCACAGCAGAGAGCUAAGCAGAAACUCAUGCAGGAUAAUCAAGUGGCCCUAAAGCCUGGUGCACGCUCGCCAGCCGGCAUUGAAUUUGGUUGCUAUGACAUUGAGACGUGGUAUUCGGCGCCCUACCCGCAGGAGUAUGCCAUGCUGCCUAAGCUGUACCUAUGUGAGUUCUGUCUGAAGUACAUGAAGAGUCGCAGUAUUCUCGAACAUCACAUGCGGAAAUGCGGAUGGCUUCAUCCACCUGCAGACGAAAUCUAUCGCAGUCAGAGUCUGUCGGUGUUCGAGGUGGAUGGGCAAGUCAACAAGAUCUACUGUCAGAAUCUGUGUUUACUUGCCAAACUCUUUCUUGAUCACAAGACACUCUACUAUGACGUGGAACCCUUCCUUUUCUAUGUGUUGACGAGAAACGACGCCAAAGGGUGCCAUCUUAUUGGGUACUUCUCCAAGGAGAAGUCGUGUCAACAGAAGUACAACGUGUCAUGCAUCAUGACCCUGCCACCGUAUCAGCGGAAAGGUUAUGGACGUCUUCUCAUAGACUUCAGUUACCUGCUGUCUCGGCGUGAAGGUCAGCCUGGCUCGCCGGAGAAGCCGCUGUCAGACCUCGGCCAGGUCAGCUACCGUAGCUACUGGAAGAGCACUCUGCUGCAGUACCUCAACAAGCAUAUCCGUCAGAAGGUCACUAUCAAUGGUAUCAGUCGUGACACUGGCAUUGAUCCACAUGAUGUUGCUGCCACGUUUGAGUUGCUUCAGCUUUGGAGACACACAGCGGAUGGGACCGGGUAUGAGCUUCGCAUUGAGUAUAGUGAUCUGGCUCAGCACCGGCAAUACAUGGCUGAGAAAGGUAAGCUGUGGCACGAGCUGGACGAGGACGCAUUGCGCUGGACACCGCUCAUCACUAACUCUAACACCGAGCAGCAGAAUGGCGAUGAAGAGGAAGAGGAAGACGAGAUGGAUGUCGCCGAUGAGCAGCACACUGAACCAGAUGUUGUUAACAUGGAGCCGAAGGAGAAUGGCUGCGCCUCUAGCGCGGCCGUCCCGACAUCAGCUACCUCUCGUACCAACAGUGACACUGACACUGACGGCGGCAGCGACAGCGACCACGUACCGCCACCUGCGAAGCCGCAUUCUCACCACAAGCAGGCCAGACCCGAGACCAGCAACAGCAGCCGGACCACCCUCAGCGGCAGUAGCUCUUCAUCGUCAAGCAGUGGCAGCAGCAGCAGCGGCAGUGCAAGUGAUACCAGUGGCAGCAGCAGUGACAGCAGCGAUAGCAGCAGCAGUAGUGACAGCAGCGACAGUGGCAGCAGUAGUAGCAGUAGUAGCUCGUCAGGCAGCUCCUCUGAGGAUGAGGCCGGAAAGGCGGCAUCGUCCCUGAGUUCCGCUACUGCCAGCACAGGCACAUUUGGUAGCAGUAGCACCAGCGGCAGCGGCAGCAUGUCUACAUCCGACACACGGCAGUCCAGUAGUGCAUCAUCCAGCUCCAAUACCGCCACGUCACACACUUCAAAGAAACGCCACAGGACUGAGACGUCGUCCAUUCGAAGCACCUUUGAGUUAUCUGCUACCGACGAUGCUCCGGCGUCAGCGGCAAAGCGUGUCCGCAUGGCACCCGCUGUAGCAUCAACAGCAACAGCAACAGUGGUGGCGGCAGCAGCAUUGUCGGCGGCGGUCUGUGGUGACCAGGCCAUGGAUCCUAGCGGAAUGGGCAAGGGUGGUCAGGGUGAUUUGCAGCGCCUGCAGGAGAUCGAGGCAAGCCUGAAGUUCGAGGAGCAGAUGAAGAGGCGCCCGGCGUCUGUGUCCACCUCGGCUGCUGUAGCAAUGCUACAAGCUGAUGAACAUCACAACAAGGAAGACAUGGGCAGCAGCAGCAACGGCCCCGCUGUUGAGGUUGAUCAGGAUGACGAUGACGAUGAAUGCCUGGAGGAUCAGCUGGGAAAGGUCAAGGCCGUCCUGUCUCCCUCCGGCAGCGACUGUGAUGAAGACGACGAAGAGUUUGAUGUGAAAACUGCCACCGAUGAUUCAUCUGAUGUCAGUAGUGAAGAGAGUGAAGAAUCCGAGUCGGAGGCGGAAGCUUCCAUCUCGAGGCGCCAAUCAAGCCGAACACGCUCCAACACAUCGAUAAGUAGCACUCGACGGAAGGGCAGGAGUGCUAGAGCUAGAAGUUCAGACGAGGAGUCCGAUUGCAGGCCAGUACAGCGCCAAUCCGGGCGCAAACGCCGCAGUCGGUUCGAUGACACGGUGCUAAAGAAGUCGCUGAAUUCGGAUAGCAAUGACGAUGAUGAGGAUGAUGAGGAUGAUGAAAAUGAUGAUGAUGAAAAUGAUGAGGAGGAGGAGGAGGAAGAGGAGCAGAAUGGGGAGGGUACUGAUUCAACAUCUGCUUCAUCAUCCGAUGCCGACUCUGAGACGUAGCUACCCGACAGUCUAUAGACACUGUUCCAGUGGACAGUAAUGACCUACCACCGAUGUGUGUGCGUGUGCGUGUGUGUGUGUGGUGUGUGUGUGUGUGUGUGUGUGUGUGUGUGUGUGUGUGUGUGUGUGUGUGUGUGUGUGUGUGUGUGUGUGUGUGUGUGUGCAUGUGUGUUGCGGGCAUGCUGUGUUGGUAGCUGCACAAAUGCCUGUCAUGCACCCUGGUCGUCUUGUCACCGGCCACCCAAUGUAAAUCUAGAAACCGAAACUUGCUGCAACUGGCACCUGUGGGUGCGCACUGUAAAUUCAAGGCUAUCAAUUGGCCCACCGGUGAACCAUUUUGGUGCGGCUCCUUUUUUCAGACUUUGCCCUAUUCUGCUGUUUUUUUGGCUUCUGUUGCUAUUUUGAAGUGCAUUCUAUGUGCGUGUGUGCAUGUGUGUGCGUGUGUGUGUGUGUGUGUGUGUGUGUGUGUGUGUGCGUGUAUGUGCGUAUGAUGGAGCAAGCACGCCAUGCGUGCAGCAUGCUCCUUGUAUUAUAUUAUUUGUAAAUUUGUGUACAUAUCGAUUCUCAUUUCCCGUGCAUGCUAGUGCUAGUUUGAAGUUUGAACGACGUGGUAUGGUGGCCAGUGGUUCACCGAUGCCCGUCUGUUCAGUCAUAGCUGUGACCUCGUCAACGCCCUACUCCCUGUUCUCUGUUCCCCGACUAUAUUCCGGAUUUAUUCACCCCCCCCCCCCCCCCCGUACCGUACCGUAUUGUUCUUAUUUUCAUCCCACUGCACUCGCCACGCGUCACGUGUGUACCCACGGUGACCACUGUUAUUUGAUCCCCUAGUUCCCUUGAUUUUCCCUCUCGUCGUCUUGCCUUUUUUUCGGUUCGUCUUCAGCGCUCCGACUGGCGUGGUCACCCUGUUUCACUUUACUGACAUUAUUACAUAGCAGUUAGUACUCUUUCCUACUGCGUGUGUUUUUUUAAUCUUGCUGAGCUGAGUUUGUGCUGAAGCUUCCCGUGCUGAAAAUUCAGAUGCCAAUGUAUCAGUCA